GUGUUAUCUACUCCUCAGUUUAUUGAUUUUUAAAAAAAAUAAAUCAUUAACAAUAACCUGUUUUUUCAUGUGUUUGUGUGUAUGUGCAUGUAUGUAUGUAUGUAUGAUUUCACUAUAUUGACUGUUUGACACGUGUAUAUAUUUAAAUUAUAUGAAUUGAAUUUCUAUUGAAUUGAGUAAUAAUCACUGUUACUUUUGAUGAUCAUAAAUUGAUCGAUUUGACUGAUUAGUAAUCAUUAAUGAUGAAUUAUUCAAUAUGAAACCUUUUCUAUUCAUUUUUAUUUACAAGAGAUUAAUUAGUAAGUUGAUAUUAUUGAAAUAUGGAAAGAAAUAAUACAAUAAAUGAUUUUUCAAUAUAUAAUGAAAAUAUGAAUGAUCAACCGAAUAUAAAUGAUAAAUCGAAUAUUAAUGAUAAAUCGAAUAUCAAUAAAGGUUCAUCACUUGUUAAACAAUUAAAACAAACUAUUGAAAAUAUUCCAAAAACUACAAAUCAUAUCAAACAAUUCAUGAAUUAUUAUACACCAAAUCAAAAACAAUUAGAUGAUUUACAAAAAGAAUUAGAAAAACAUACAAAAGCUGUACAAAAUGAAACUUAUAAAAAUCUUUAUUUAAAUGAUCAGAAUUUAAAAAAUUCAAUUUUAAAACAAUCAAUAUUAGAACAAUCCAAUAAUUCGAUUGAUAAAAAUAAAAUGAUUAAUAUAAAUGAUCAAAAUAUUGAAAAUCAUUUAGAAAAUUCGGAAAUUUAUUAUUCCAUUGUAAAUGAUCAUUAUUAUUCAUCUAUUAAAUUGAAUUAUUUAGAUCAAAAUUAUUUACAAAAAUAUGAUAGUGAAAAUUGUAUAAUACCAUCAAAAAGUCGACAUUAUAAAACAGAAUUAUGUAAACGCUAUUUAAAUAGUUCUAAUGGGGAUUGUAGUUAUGGUAAUAAAUGUCAAUUUGCUCAUGGUAUUAAUGAACUUAGAUUUGCUCCACGUCAUCCACGUUAUAAAACUGAAAUAUGUUAUAGUUAUCAUGUUUUUGGAACAUGUAAUUAUGGGAAAAGAUGUGAUUUUAUUCAUGAUGAACCAUUGGAAAAGUUGAUUCUUAUUCGACUACAAAAUCAAUUAUUUCAAGCUUAUCGAAAAAGUCAUCCACAUGUACAAGAGGUUCGUUUAAUCGAGUUAUUAGGAUUAAAAGAGGAUAAUUGGGAGAGUUUAAAAGUAUUAUCAUCAGCGUUAUACGAUGAAAAAACGUUUCAUAGUAAUGAUGAUAACUUUUCUGUCAUUACUAGUAACGAACUCUAAUAUUUAUGAAGGAAUUUCAGUAAUAGAGAUAGAUGUUUGAUGGGUAGAUUGUUAUACUUGAUUAACUAAAUUUAUCUUAAGCUUAAUAUGUGCAGUUUUUCUUGUUUUAACCAGCAUUUUCACAGAACAAAUUUUCAUUUGCAUGGUAAUAUAUUUAAAAUUUAUUUUCUAAGAUUAUGUACAAUGCUUUUAUUGAAAUAAUAAUUUGGCAAUUAAUAAUAAAUUGAUGUUGCGCAAUGGCCAUUAGUCUACUCUUAUAAAAAUGAGUGGCAUUAUACAAAUAAAAUGGAGUUAUAUAUAUAAUCAGCUUAAAUUUAUCGUUCAUCACGGUAUGCUUUUGCACGGAAAAUUCGAAGUAUGUAGAAAGAGCUGGGGGAACAGAGUUAACAAUGGACACUCUAGGUCUAUUUCAAGCACAAAGUUCAGUAAGUUUGAAUAUUAUUAAUUUAAUCCAGAAUGUGUAUUGCAGACUUGAUAGGAGUAAUCACAUGGAUUUAGCAGAAGCGUUUGUUUUCAUUUAAAACUCUCCUAAUAAACUGUAUACCUAGGUCACUAAAAGUGAAAUAGUUAGAUAUUUGGUUCAUAUUAUUUCAACUUACUACAAAAGGGAAUAUACAUAAGUUAAGCUUUACUUGUCACUAGUUUUAUUACGGUCUGGUUUCAUCGAGGGCAGGCUGCUUUUAAA